ACGGACACCCCACACAAAUGCAACCAGACAGUGCAACAACCAUCGGCUCUUACCAUUGGAAUCACUUGCAAUUGAGGCUACGUGAAACAAUCCACCAUGGGUUUUGGCAUGAUGAAAGCAGCGGAUGCUGUUGAGGGUCGUUCCUCGACGGCAGCUCAUUAUUCUGCCAACUACGAGACCAUCACGGCAGGCGUGGCAGCCGAUCAAUUCUAUGGCAUUCCCCUCAAAUUGGACAUUACCGAUGCCCCCGAGGAAACCCUCAUGUAUCUGGGCUUGCUGUUGCUGUGGGUUCUGGUAUUUCAACCUCGAAUCAAGUUUCUGCAAGGGCCUCUCAUGGGGACAGCAUUUUGGAUGGCCAUUAUCGCCGCUGCUUGGGCCAUCAAGGAAGUGACCUUCUACCCCAUUGUGAGCGCCAUUAUCUUUACCAGAACACAGUAUCCUUGGCCACUGGUUGUCUGCCACUGCAUCACGGCCAACGCCGCCUACCGCAAAGAACGUGGACCCACCUGCAAUUAUCUCGAAUCUUUUAUUUUGGGAUUCUUUUGCUACGGUUUUGGAGGGACCAUUGUCUCGGAUGUACUCAUGGGCUUGCCUAUUACAGCCUUUGGACAUUCUCGGAUUGUCCCCGUUUGGAUCGUGGGAUGGAUCUUGAUUUGGUUCUGUCCCUUUGAUGCUGUCUACAAGGUUUGCGAAAAGAAGAACAGUUCCCUCUACUACUUUAUUAGUGCCAUGGUGGCGAUUGAUGGUGUGACAACUCCUUUUGGUAGAGUCUCACGAAGCGCCCGAGAGUUGAAAAACAAGUUGACAGCCCCCGUCAUGGCAGGGUUAAUGUCUGGCAUUGGUGGCGCGGGUGUUCGAUACGCGGAGAAAGUCAUCUUGCGAGGAGGCGGGGAACGCGUACAACGGAGUUGCAAAGAUGCCAUUGAGGCGGGAUUCUGGAGGACGUUGGGAUAUUCAGUGUUGUGGUGGUACAUUGCAGUGUACAGGUGUGAAAAUGGAUCCUAUGGUGACACUGCUGCCAACCAUUGCCAUGAAUACAAUGGUCACAACAUGGAUCGUUUUGUCAUUACAGUGCUCCAUGUGGCAUGGAACUUUGCUUGUGAUCUGGGCCUGGCUGGGGUGCAUCCAUUUGUUUUCCUAUCGGCGCUAUUGAGAAGCAUGGGAAGUCACUUGGCCUACAAUCUUGGCUAUGGGCCGCCGCAAUCGCACCGUCCUGAUUUGUACUAUAUGAAUGGUGUUCACCAAAAGAUGGAUUAGAAAACACAACAAUGUUCCAGCGAAAGGCAGAAUGGUGAUAUCCUCUUUGGGAUCUUGAAUGUAGUUUCCUUUCCUGUUGUAUAACUAGUCCUCAAGAGCAAUCUUGUUUGUAGGUGAGGAUUUGUGGCCAUGAUCAGAUUUGACACAAGGGAUCGAAAAGACCACCUGAGCCAGGAGGAACAGUGAUGUAACUAUUUUGUGGUGUUUCUGCCGAGCCAGUGAAAGGGAGCGAUGACCUGGAAACCCAAACCCAAUGAGCUACCAAGUUAAAUGGAAUGGCCAGGUUUCCUCCAAGUUUUGCUAUGUGCAGCCACUGGAGAGACAGCUUGGCAAGGUUAAUUGUCAAGAGUUUGAGUGGCUGUUUGAGUGUGUCUAUGAGAACAAUCGCCCAAGAUCUUUUUCACGGUCGUGUCAAACCCAAUCCGAACACUGGCACUUUUUUAAGGCAUAUUGACAUGGGAGUUUACGCAAAUUGUUGUUUAUGUUAGGGGCAUUGCUAAAGCUCUGCAACUGACUUGACAAAUUUAUGUUUACCUCAUCUACCUUGAAUUCAAAGCUGUCGUCUAGCUAGGAUGUUGUUGUGUGGAAUCGUGUGGAUGUGCUCUUUGACGCACUACUUGUACGCACAACGACCAAAAUCCUGAGAGAAUGCAUUGUUGUGCCCUUCAUACCAUCCAACAUCUUGACUUUCUAAAAUUGUUGCAUUGGAUCCAAGCAGAUGAUAGUGGUACGACAGGUACGCAAGAUCUGUGACUGAUCUUGCCAAAUGAGUACCACAUCCAGCGAUCUUUGGCACGGUACGGUAGGAUCGAAGCUUCCG